UUUUGAAACACAGCCCGCGUCUCCUCGCAGGAAGUGAAGGCGCGGAGGCAGGAAGACGUUAAAAAUGGCACGAGAAAGAAGCCCAGCGUUAUGGCUUCACUCUCAAACAAGUGUAACUCGCAGAAUGCCGGUGUGUCGCAGAAUAACGUUACUCUUACUUUUAUGGCUACUCCACUUUUCUUCGGUAUAUUCCGAUAUAACGGACGGGAAUGCGGAGCACUUAAAGCGGGAGCACUCGCUCAUUAAGCCAUAUCAGGGUGUUGGAACAAGUCCGUCAAGUCAGUGGGACUUUUGGGGAAGUACUUUAAUAACCAGCCAGUAUGUGCGUCUGACUCCGGAUGAGAGGAGCAAACAGGGGUCCAUCUGGAAUACAGUGCCCUGCUAUUUGAAGGAUUGGGAGAUGCAUGUGCAGUUUAAAAUUCAUGGAUCAGGAAAGAAGAAUCUCCAUGGAGAUGGUUUUGCCAUUUGGUACACGAAAGACAGGCUACAUCAUGGCCCAGUCUUUGGAAACCAAGACCAUUUUGUAGGCCUGGCUAUUUUUGUGGAUACCUUCCGUAAUGAUCUACAAGGAACGGAUCGCUCAUUUCCCUAUAUUUCUGCGAUGGUGAAUAACGGCUCCCUGCCGUACGACCACAGGAAAGAUGGCCGGUCUACUGAAUUGGGAGGCUGCUCUGUGGAAGUCAGAAACAAAGAUCAUGACACAUACCUGGCCAUUAGAUACUCCAAAGGCAGACUCACGAUUAUGGUAGAUGUGGAUGACAGGAACGAUUGGAAAGAAUGCAUUGAUUUCGGAGGUGUCCGCCUCCCUACAGGAUACUAUUUUGGGGCUUCUGCGGCCACAGGAGAUCUUUCUGAUAAUCACGACAUCAUCUCUAUGAAGAUGUACCAGCUGAUGGUGGAACACACUCCUGAGGAGGACAACCAGGACUGGACGAAGAUCGAGCCUAGUGUCAGUCUCCUCAAGUCACCGAAAGACAAUAUUGAUGAUCCGACGGGAAAUUUCCGAAGCACGCCCCUCACUGGCUGGAAGGUCUUCCUGCUUCUGCUGUGCGCUCUGCUGGGAAUCGUGGUUUGCGCCGUUGUUGGUGCCGUAGUCUUUCAGAAGCGUCAAGAGAGGAACAAGAGGUUCUACUAAACAACAGGAUUUCAAAGAACUCUGGAGAUUGUAGGUGAACAAAAAAAACAUUAAUGUGAAUUUUGAACAGCUGUAUACAUGUGGAUAUUAUGGAACUGCUCGACUGGAAGGAAAAAUGGUUUGAGUCUAAAGAGUGGGAUUUGUGGCUUCAAAGAAACGUUUCUUCAUGUUAGUCUUGAUUUGGGUCUGCCGAGGUAAAUGACACAUUUUCAAUGCAUUUUCUACAGUAGUACAUCUUAAUUUUUGUGUGUACCCUUUAUAUACUUGAUUUAGCUUCAUUCUUCAAAUCCGUGGUGGUUUAUUUUCUUAUUGUUUCAACCCUUUAUCUGCGUUUCUUUUCCAUCUACACAUUGCUUCGUUCUGCUCUGGAGUGCUGAUUUUUUUUUUUAUAACCUGUGUGAUUUACUUAAGAGGAUUUUAAUGGACUGCACAAGAAAUCAGACUGAUGAAAAGUGUCCUCUUAAAUCGGUCAAAUCAAUGUAAAUAUUUUAAGUUGCUGCCCUAGUCCCUUUGCUCUAUGGCAUAAUGAUUGAGCCUUGUUUUUUAACCAUAGGAGUUGAAAAUAUUGAACCAAAAAAUACAUGUUUAUUUGUUUUAUUACUGCAGGGUAACAAGAGUUCAGCCUUAUGUGAGUUGAGUUGUUUUUCUUACAUCUUUCUGUUAAGUUUGCUAUUUUUUGCACCUCUGUAAGAAGUUAUUGCAAUGCACUGAUUUACAGUUGUUUCUGAAAGAAGU